UCGGGGCCGAAGCAGGAGCGGGACUCCUCCUCGGUCGCCGCUCCGCGCGCUCUCAGCUCUCCGGUUCUGUCCGCUCCUGCCCGGUCCGUCGCCGCCGCCAUGGCCCAAGCUGAUAUUGCACUGAUUGGACUGGCUGUCAUGGGCCAGAACUUAAUUUUGAACAUGAAUGACCAUGGCUUCGUGGUUUGUGCUUUUAAUAGGACGGUCUCCAAAGUGGACGAUUUCUUGGCCAACGAGGCAAAGGGAACCAAGGUGGUCGGAGCACGCUCCUUGGAGGAGAUGGUCUCCAAGCUGAAGAAACCGCGGCGCGUCAUACUGCUGGUGAAGGCUGGCCAAGCCGUUGAUGAUUUCAUUGAAAAACUGGUACCAUUGUUGGACACUGGUGACAUCAUCAUUGAUGGAGGAAAUUCUGAAUACAGGGAUACCACAAGACGAUGUCGAACCCUCAAGGCCAAGGGAAUCCUGUUUGUGGGGAGCGGAGUCAGUGGCGGAGAGGAAGGGGCCCGCUAUGGCCCCUCACUUAUGCCAGGAGGUGACAAAGAAGCCUGGCCCCACAUCAAGACAAUCUUCCAAGGCAUCGCUGCAAAAGUAGGAACUGGGGAACCGUGCUGUGACUGGGUGGGAGAUGAAGGAGCGGGACACUUCGUGAAGAUGGUGCACAACGGGAUAGAGUACGGGGACAUGCAGCUCAUCUGUGAGGCCUACCACCUGAUGAAAGACGUGCUGGACAUGGGGCACGACGAGAUGGCGAAGGCAUUUGAGGAAUGGAAUAAGACCGAGCUCGACUCGUUCCUGAUUGAAAUCACGGCCAACAUCCUCAAGUUCCAAGACAGCGACGGCAAGCACCUGCUGCCGAAGAUCAGGGACAGCGCGGGGCAGAAGGGCACAGGGAAGUGGACUGCCAUCUCAGCCCUGGAGUACGGCGUUCCUGUCACCCUCAUCGGAGAGGCAGUUUUUGCUCGGUGCUUAUCAUCUCUGAAGGACGAGAGGGUUCAAGCCAGCCAAAAGCUGAAGGGUCCCCAAAAGAUCCAGUUUGAAGGUGAUAAGAAAUCAUUCCUGGAGGACAUUCAGAAGGCCCUGUAUGCUUCCAAGAUCAUCUCGUACGCGCAAGGCUUUAUGCUGCUGAGACAAGCCGCCACGGAAUUCGGCUGGACCCUCAACUACGGUGGCAUCGCCCUGAUGUGGAGGGGGGGCUGCAUCAUCAGGAGCGUGUUCCUAGGAAAGAUAAAAGACGCAUUCGAUCGGAACCCAAACCUUCAGAAUCUACUACUGGAUGACUUUUUUAAGUCCGCUGUUGAAAACUGCCAGGACUCCUGGCGGCGGACGGUGAGCACCGGUGUCCGGGCGGGCAUCCCCAUGCCCUGCUUCACCACCGCCCUCUCCUUCUAUGACGGCUACAGACACGAGACGCUGCCCGCCAACCUCAUCCAGGCUCAGCGGGAUUACUUCGGGGCUCACACUUACGAACUCUUAGCCAACCCCGGACGGUUUGUCCACACCAAUUGGACAGGCCACGGUGGCAGCGUGUCGUCCUCUUCCUACAACGCCUGACCGGACGGGUCACCCGCUACGAUUCCACAGAUUGGGACAUUCCACUUGGCCACACGACACCGCUUACGCAGCCCUCUGCCCCACAGCCCACUGCGCAGACCUUUUAAAAUAAAGUCUCACAAGGGACUCCUGAAAAAGUCGGCAUGAGUUUACUUGUAACGUAGCUCUUUGAGACCCGCCAUGCCCUCGGCCCCCGCCCCUUGGGGCGACCCGGAGGGGACCAUGUGCGCGGUAGCGUGAAUCAGCUCCACGUGGCACCUGUGGUCGGGGAGGCAGCGCAAUCUUCCCGGCUAGAGGCGCACGUAGAUGGGAAGGGUUUCUGUGGAGUCCGCUCAAACUGGAACCUUUGUAUCACGUAGUAGAAUUCCCAAUUUUCUCUACUUAAUAAAAGAUACAUUCUAUCUG